ACGAAGCCUUCAUGAAAUGCCAAUUUAGAAUCAACCAAUAAUUCCUUUCAUUUCCUAUCCUCAUUUGUAAUGUGAGAAAGUGGAGACAAAGAGGCAGAGAUAUGGAAGAUGUGAAUCAAUCCCCAAAAGAAGCAAAGGAUUACUAUUCUAAAAGAAUAUGGUUGCUAGAAACUGCGCAAACAUUUGGAGAUCCCAAGAGAAGUGACAAAAAUGGAGUUAAUGGCUUCCAUUUUACUUCUGGUAGAGAUUCCUUCGUCUAUAACUCCCAAGAAAUAAUGACUCCUGAAAUUUCUGGAGCAUUUGAAGAAAUUAAAAGUUUAAUUAGUAGCAGAAACGGGGCUAAUGAUGAGGUGGCAGACCAAGAAAACGGUGACUACGGCCGCUAUUCUAUACAAACGUUGUCAACAGAAAUUGUGGAAAUAGUCGAGGACGGCAACAGCAUAACAAAAAACAAAGAUAGAAGGGUUGAUGAUCUCUAUGUGGCUGUUGGCAAAGAUGACUUGGAUGCAGUGAAAUGGGCUCUUGAUCAUGCUGUCUCUCCCGGUUCCCGGAUUUUUCUUAUCCACGUCUCUUCUCCAAUCACAUCGAUUCCUACUCCAGUUGGAAGGUUUGAAAGAAGUCAACUGACCCCACAGCAAGUGAGACUAUACGUGAAUGAAGUGAACAACAAGAGGAAGGAUCUUUUGCAGAAGUACAUUAAGAUGAGUAAUGAAGCCAAUGUAAUAGCAGAAACUUUGCUUCUGGAGAGCAAUGACACAGGAAAAGCAAUUCUGGAUCUCAUCUCUAUACUUAACCUAACCAACCUUGUCAUUGGAAUCAAAAAGCUACCUUACACACGGCGCAACAACAAAUUGAGCAUCGGAGAGUUCGUAAAGAAACAUGCACCGAAUACCUGUGAAGUUACCUUGGUUUAUAAUGGCGAGGUGUUUGUGUCAGACCCUUACAUGGAUGGCUUGGUAUCCUAUGGCCAAGCAUCACAGAGUAAAAAUCACUACAAAAGCAACUUCUUACAAUGCAUGUGCUUUUCAGAAACUCUUGCUUCUUUGAAAGCAGAAACUCUUGCUUGUCCGUUUGUAGCUGUGUUUGCUGGAUGGAUGCUUUCUGUGUUGUACCACUUCAGCUCCUACUGCUAUCCUUUCACCUCACGGCCUACUCUUUUGGCGUCUGACUCAAGCUGUUGUGUGCUUCUUCUUCAUGUUGUUGUGGCUUCUUUUGCUGCACCGUGA